GUACCAGCUACACGACCCCACGAAAAAUCCGGUUGGACUGGCUCCACUAUGUUUCGAAUCCCAUUCACUUUUGUCUCGUGCUCUACUUUCAUUCACCCCAUUGUAUAGGUCAGGUUCUGCAACUCUUCGUCUCUGUCUACGCAAUGGACAAGAACCAUGGUCUUCCAGCUGCGCCAAAGUCGGAGCCUGUCCUGCCUCCCUCGUCGCAAGAGCUUCCGUCUUCCCCACCUUCGAUAGCGUCGGAUGUUGCUCCCAGGCGUAAACCAAAGAAGCCGCCUCCGGUUACCCCACGUUCGUUCAAGAGAUUCUUCACGCCCCGUUCGAUGCUCAGUACCGGGAACAGCGUGGUGGGAGUCAAAAGCAAUCGGCAAGCAUUGAGGAUUCUCAGCUCUCCGGCACUGAAUCGUUCAGGUCCGGCUUUCACGCGAGCAUCAAAGCCUUCUGGAAUCAAGACUACCCAAAAUGAGCCCGCAGAUGUUAUUCGAACACCAGCUAGGAAGAGGAAGCUCUCAUUUUCCUCCAUGAGCUCCCCCCUGCAGUCAUCCCCAUUGAGGAGAGUCCGUAUCAGAGUUUCCGGUGGCGUCGAAGGGGACCUAGAAGCACUAUGUCGGGACCAUGAUGUUGGCUGCGAGGCUGCGAACGAGGGGGAUAAACACGUAGACAUCCCGAAGCUCUAUCCAGUGCCGCCCAUUCGCCGUUCCCGGGUGCUGGAGACCGCUGGGAGUUUAUGCAUGCGAAGUGUGACCGGGUCACAGUUCGAUGAAAUGAUUGUUCGAUCCAAUUCUGGAGCUGGAUGGCAAGAUUUGACUUCAACUUUCUACUCGCGGCCUGAAGACAGCCAUUCUUGCUUGAACUACGCCGGGGACCGCCUGACUCCUCCAUUUUGUACCGCUUCCUGCAAUACCAAUUCUCUGGUUGCGGUAGGAGACGAGGAAGGAGGUAUUAGACUUCUGGACUCCGCGAAAGAUGAUAAAAGUGGCUUUUCCAAAGCCUAUCUUACGUUCCACCCUCAUAUGAACUCAAUAAUGGACCUCGAAUUUUCUUCUGACGAUAUGCUGUUAGCCACAGCUUCUGGUGACCAGACCUCUUUGGUCAUCGACAUGGCCACUCAAAAACCCAUUUACUGCUUAUCUAACCACGUCUCCUCCGUGAAACGCAUACAGUUCCAGCCAGCCAGCAACAACAAAGUUCUCGCUACCUGCGGACGUGACGGUGUCGUGAAUAUCUGGGACCUAAGGUGUAAAGGUUUCGAAAAACCUUCAUUGCACGUUCGAUGUUCAUUGGAAUCUGAUUCUGAGCACAUGGCUGCGCCUGCUGCUUCCAAAGUGACAUAUCCUCAAGUCCUAAACACGAUACACGGAGCACAUGCUUGGAUACCACCUCAAGGGUUAGCACAUGACAAAAAAGAAGCGCCGAUGGGUCGCUCUGACAUUACAGUUACUUCCUUGGCCUUUCUUCCCUCUGGCCGCGAAAAUCUCUUUGUCACCGCAUCUGAAGCCAAUGCCUGUGUCAGACUAUGGGAUCUACGCACUGCCCACAACAAUCGUUGUGGUCGACCUGUCCUCCCUCUCUCUACGACUCGACAGCCGGAUAGCCACACCAACUACCGGGGUUUUGGACUCACCUCGAUAACUCUGGGCGGCGAUGGCUCGAGACUGUAUACAUUAUGUCGGGAUGGGACUGUGUAUGCAUAUUCGACAUCGCAUCUUGUUCUGGGUCACGCUCCCGAACUGUCCUUGAAUAAUACUAGACCGCGUUGGUCGGGAGGAUCUGACAAAGAAGGUCUUGGCCCCUUGUAUGGCUUCCGUCACCCACGACUGAAAGUUUCUACAUUCUAUGUCAAGCUGGCUGUCCGAAAAGCAGUGCGAGAUAAUGCAGAGAUGCUAGCUGUCGGGAGCAGCGAUAGUUGCGCGAUCUUGUUUCCGACUGACGAGAAAUUCCUCUACAUUCCUGCUCGGAAGCCUAUUGUUGCGGGUGCAAUUGAAGAUCGCCCACGAACACGGCUCUUCUCAAGCUCUCGUGCUAGCCUUUCCCGCGCAAAUUCCGGAGUAAGCUCAUCCGGGCGGUUGGAAGACACCAUUCCUAUAUACCAUUCUGGUACGCCUCUUGUUGGGGGUCACAAGAAAGAAGUCUCUGCGGUAUCAUGGACGGUGAACGGAGAACUCAUCACUGUCAGCGAUGACUUCACCGCCAGGUGCUGGCGUGAAGGACCCGAGGCGAGGGAUCUACGCACCGGAGGCGAAACGGAAGGUAGAAGAUGGCACUGUGGCUGGGCUGAUACUCCUGAUUCAUAUGACGACGAAGAUGAAUGA